GACUUCGUCGUAUUUUUCUAGUUAUCGUUUGUAUUGGUGUGUUUCUGUGGGCCAUGGACCUUUUAGUUCCGUUUUACCUUUCUCUCUUGGUUCCUUCUGGAGUAGUUGCAGCUACUAUGAAGUUUUGUCCUAAGGUCCGUAUUUCCACUGAUACUACCUUGGAUUCGUUUAAUAUUAAAGAUGCAUAUGAGGUAACUUGGGCUCAUGCUGUUAAUAACCCARCAAAACUUGACCAAACCUUGACUAGCGAUAUCACGAUGCUAGAGGCUGAUGUACAGAUGCGACACAACAAAUCUGAUWCAGAGCCUAUCAUGGCACAUCCUCCAGCACUGGACAGCAACCUUACACUGGCUCAGUUCAUAGACAAAGUCUCCAAAACYAAGAAGGGUAUGAAGUUAGACUUCAAGUCCAUCAUGGCCGUUGAACCAUCAUUGAAGAUGUUGAAAAAUGUUUCUGAUACAAAAGCACUAACAACACCAAUCUGGCUAAAUGCUGAUAUUUUGAUGGGUCCAUGUUUUGAUAAAGAAUGUACUCCAGUAGAUGCAGUGCAGUUUAUUGAUCUUUGUACAAAGUACUUUCCCUCAGCYGUGUUAUCAAUUGGCUGGAAAACAGGCAAUGACAUGACAGCCACAAAGAAUAUGUACACUUGGGAAAAUGUCAUUGAAAUGGGAAAACUAAUUCAGAAGAUCYYKCAGCCWGUYACAUUCCCAGUUAGAGCAGCUUUAGUCAAAAGAUCACUUACUCAACUUCUUUGGCUGGUUGACAUUUCUAGUAACUUGACGCUCACAGUUUGGUCUUCAGAGAAAGAUAAUUUCAAUGCUACAGACCUGGUUGAGCUUCGGAAAUCAAUCUUUAACAAGAAGAAUGUCUACUAUGACCUUCCUAMAUCUCAAGCAGAACAGUUUGCAAAUGCUCUUAAAGGGAAAGAUGUUUCUACAUUUAAUCCUCAAUAUAACUUGGAAUGGUAUGGUGGAAUGAAAGGGUAUGCAUCCCAGYCCUGCUCUGAUAUCAUUGUUGGUAAAACAAAGAUUUUGUUCUCUGGAAAAGGUGGUUGGGCCUCUACUAUCRAGGAAGUGAAGACGGGAGAGUCACGCUCAACAAUCUACUUUGAUCURACAGUCUUCUUCUUGUCGUUGGGUAAUUCUAAUAUUGUUCAAAAGAUAACUUUAGUACUUGGAAGCAAGGGUUUGACGGGAUCAGACUCAGAUGUAAGACCACAAGAUGGAAUUCAAGUUGUACUUUCAAGAGAAGGAACAUUAACGAUAAUCAAGCCUGACGGAUCCCAAAUCGAAAACAAAAAAGUCUCCGACCCCAAGUUUCAAUAUAGAGUUGGUUUCUGGUAUGGCCCCAAAAUGGAAGGGAUAAUGAUUACACUGAGAAGCAAGACUGACUACCGUAAAAGUGUUGAUAUCAAUUAURAUGGAGUAUUCAAGGCUGAUAAACAGUAUGUUUUAGUUGGCGUAGGUGAGCAAAAAGGUGUUGUUCUGGUCAAUGAAAUAUCAGCUGCUAUGACACUGCCUUCUGGUUCUGGAUCAAAAUCAGUUCUACCUAAUGCRGGUGUAAUGUUAGGACUUGUAGCAGUGUUAAUUGCGAUCUAUGCAGUGUUUUUAAUGUAGUCACUUACUUUAUUCAGUACGAUUAGAACAGAAAACUAGGUGUAAAGUAGGUGAGCUGUCAGUUUUUCUGACUGUUGUUUCAAAAUAACAUGAUUUGAGAUGUUGAAGGACCAAGAAAGGAUUAAGGCCGCCAUCUGAAAUUUCAGUCAGUUUUUAUAUAUUUUUUAUGUUGCAUUCUUAUUGUUAUUUUAUCACAAACAGUUGCAACGUAGAAUAGACCAAAUAGAAAAACGUUCAAUCAAUCAUUAGCACCAAAAGGAAUUAUUUCUGAUGGACACAAGGCAUCUAAAAGCAUGUCUGUGAUGGGAUCCUGUGCUCGGUAACUCUUUAUGUUGCUGAGAAAAUAUCUUGAAAUUAUGUCCAGAAAUGAUAAAAAACUCAUAAACUAUUGUGGAACUGUACAAAGAUUCUUGUAAUUAUUAAGGGACUCAGAGUCCACGUAUACCCUGACCAAGAUGAGGGCAAAGCCCUAAAACAUUCACUACAAUCAUUAAUUAUGUCACUUAAUUAAGCUGAUUGAGGCCAGUUGUACAAAGGGUGAAUAGUGCUAAAUCCUUAUCCAGCAGAUAAAAUCUGUACAAAAAUUUUAGAAGUGGAUAACCUUAACCCAAAAAUAAGCCACUUGACCAACAUAGGUGAUCACCAACCUCUGCAAUUAGUCCACUGGAUCAAGUCGCUGUCAGAAAUAGCACAUACCUCUACAAAUCUCCUAGUUACAUUCAAAAGACAUGAAGCGCACCCCCUCAAAACACCAUUAUUCAAUUCAUUCGAUUCUUGGUCAAUUCAACAUUACAUUAUUGAAAUCAAAUUUGAAUUCAAACUUCGAAAUUUGAUUGGAUUAUUGAUCAGAUUUUCAUAAAGCCUUCUUCGUAUUUUGCUUGUAAACAUGCUGUUCUUUUGUAAUUUCCACAAGUCGAUGCAUUGCAAUAUGAUGUCUGUUAAUUUGGUUGGAUCUGUUCCUUAUCGUGAGAAAGGAAUGACCGUCUCAAAAACUAGCUGGAAAUGCCGAGUUGUUUUCUGUUAUUAUCAGAGUGCGAGAUUUGAAUUUAAUUUUGCAUUAAUCAACUGAAGUUUGAAAACGAAAAAUAAAAUGAAAAAUCCAAUAAUGCACUGAAUAACUAACUAUUUGGGGGCGCGCUUCAUGCCUUUUGACUGUAAGUCCCUGUUGCUAGGACGGUAACAAGGAAAUUAUCCAAAUAGUUCUAGUAUGUGAAUUGAUAUUUAAUUUGUUGGAAUGCUCCAACUGACUGAACUAAUCUUAGACUUUGUAAUCACUAGAAAACAAGCAAAAUUCCUUAUAUUUAAUGUUUAUUUUGAAAAUUAUUUUUAAAGUCCUAAUAAUAAAUCACUGUCAUAUAUCCCCAAAACAAGAAAUCUUUCAAAUUACACCACUGAUGAUUGGCUACACAACCAUGAUAACACAAUACAUACUAGCAGCAGUUAACAGAGAACAAACAUUGCAUUAUACAACUAAAUAAUACAUUAGAGUGGAGU